AUGGGUGAUUUGCCUGCAUCCCGCGUAUCACAGGUAAAACCUUUUCUUCAUACCGGCGUUGAUUAUGCUGGUCCAUUCAAUGUCAUGAUGUCUCGUUACCGCGGCUGUCGUACCAAAUUGGUAUCCAGUCUAUCUACGGAAGCUUUCUUAGCUGCUUCGAGACGAUUUGUAGCUCGCCGAGGUCGCUUCCAACAUUUGUACAGCGAUUGUGGUAGCAACUUUAUUGGUGCAUCCAAGCAGUUAAAUAAUUUUAUAGUAAAAUCCGCCGCAUCUGAAGGUAUAACAUGGCAUUUUAACCCCCCCUUUGCGCCCCACUUUGGAGGAUUGUGGGAGGCCGGAGUGAAAUAUAUUGAAGCCUUUCUUAACUCGCGACCUCUUACACCCUUUAGUAAUGAUCCCAAUGAUAUGACUGCUCGAACCCCGGGUCAUUUUCUGACCCUGGAACCUCUGAGUGUUCCUCCUGAAUUGGAUGUCACCUCACUUCCCGUUCGUCAAUUGGAUCGUUGGCAAAUGCUUCAAAAAAUGCACCAAGAUUUUUGGCGUCAUUGGUCUGCACUACGUCGUGAGUACUUGCAUACGUUGCACCAACGUGCUAAGUGGCAUAAAUCCAGUGGUAAUCUUUCACCAGGAACUUUAGUUUUAAUUCGCAAUGAUUUGGCCCCUCCUCUGCAUUGGUCAAUAGGCCGCAUAACUGAGGUACAUCCAGGUUUAGAUGGAAUAGUGAGAGUUGUUACUGUUCGCACUAGUAAUGGGACUUUAAACCGACCUGUGGUGAAGCUCUGUCCUUUGCCACUUUCGGAGGACUGA